AGAGGACUACUACAUCAAGGGAGAGAAAGUUACAAGUCGAGAUGGUUGGAAUUAUGACUGUAAUAAAGGUUUUUUUGAUUAUAUGUGUGAUCCAACGCAACAAGUCUCAACGACAAACCCAAGUGACAAAGGUUCAAUUAGGUGACCCUACAUCUCUCUACUGUGUUCUGUCUGAGCAGGAAUUUGAUCAAGGAUUCUUUUUAUGGUUUAAGCAAACAAUAGGGGAAACUCCUCAAGCAAUUGCAAGGAUGCUGAAACAUCAAGAAGUACCUGAAUACUAUGACAAAUAUAAUAACAAACAUCUCAAAGUGGAGAAGUCUGAAAAAGAUAUGAGUUAUCGUCUUUUAUUGAAUGAAACCCGCCAAACGGAUGAAGCUAUUUAUUAUUGUGCAGUCAUUGAAGGCUACGACAUGCAUUUAAAAAAUGGGACCCUUUUGAUUAUUGAAGGUACAAAUCAACACUUAUCCGAUUACCAGACAGUGUUGCAGCAGCCAAAGUCUGAGCCAGUCCAUCCAGGAGACUCUGUGACUCUGCAGUGUUCAGUCCUCUCUGAGUCCUGUACAGGACAACACAGUGUGUUCUGGUUCAGAGCCGGGGCAGGAGAAUCCCAUCCAGGACUCCUUUACACCCAAGGAAACAGGAGUGAAGAGUGUGAGAAGAGACCUGAGACUCCCUCUCCCACACGGAGCUGUGUCUACAGCCUCUCCAAGAACAACCUCAGCUCCUCUGAUUCUGGGACUUACUACUGUGCAGUGGCCACAUGUGGAGAGAUACUGUUUGGCAAUGGAACAAGACUGGAUGUUGAACCAGCAGUGGAUCUCAUAGUUAUCGUCCAGGGGUUGUCUUUAGCUGUGUGUGUUGUGUUGAUCAUUAUCCUCAUCUGUACCAGAAAGACACGGACAGUGUGUGAGAAUUGUAAAGUGAGUGUAACCUGUCACGGACAUGACAGGACAACUGCAGAACGGUCAAGAGGCCAGGAAGGUGAAGACUUGAACUAUGCUGCUCUGCAGUUCUCUGAGAUGAAAGGUAAAAGAGGAAGAAGGAAGAGAGAGACCCCACAGGAGAGUGUGUACUCUGAUGUGAGGGGUUCUGACUGGGAGGGAAGUGGUCUAUAGGAAAUCAGUUUGUAAACAUUGUUGAGGUGGCAGUUUAGGUUAGCUUAUUAUGUCGUAUUGUAUUAAGUCUGAUAAAAAAAUUAUGUGUUUGUGAUUUAUUUGUUUCAAAAUAGUUUAUGGGGUCACUAGAAUAUUCAGUGUGCAAGGUUACUCUCUGGCACAGUGAUGCAACUAGUACUGUGGUUACACUGUGGCUACACUGUGGCUAGCAUUCAAUACAUGUUUCCAUACAUAGCUUUGUAUAAGGUUAGGCUAAUUCACUGUGAUUUGGGGUUAUUAAAUAUAACUAAGUUGUAUUAAUAAACACCAGUAUUAAGUGAUUUAUGCCGUGUAUGAGGUACUUAGUUAUCACUUUCUGUAGCAGUCUGCAUGCAGGUAGUUUACUGGACGUUAUUACUAGUAAUUAUGUGUCCUUUUAUACAAUCCCUACGGAUGUAUAAUGGCUGUAUUAGCCUGCAAAAUCAGACACCCCUAACCUCUUAAGCAGAUAUGUCUCUUCCUCUUCCUGGUUGUGGUUGUCAUAACGUUGACAGUCACAGGACACUACAAAUACUGUUGCCAUUCAGCACCAACUGAACUUGACCAGUAAUGAUAUAAAAAAAAACAAGAUUCCGUGGCUAGUUACCACACCUCCCCUCUUCUCAGUCAUGAGCUGGUCCCUCUAUAGAGCUACCAAGUCUAAAGUCAAGGCCUGUGUUUUACUCAUAUGUUGACAGAAAUGGUACAUUAGGUUUAUGUCCUUUGUAAGAAAACUAUAUCUGUCUGAAUCAAAGCAAAUACAGUUGACCAGGGGCUGGGAAAAGUACGAUAUCUUAUAGACAAGUUUAAAUUAUAUAUUUAACUGCAAGCAAAAGUUGCAAAACUAAAAUGUUAUUAAACUCAUCAGAUCAGUCGGGUAUGUUAUUUAUGUUAAAUGCCUUGAGCAUCUCAACAACCCUUCCAUACAAACACAAACAAACACUUUGGAGACAGAAACAACACCAUGAUUAGAAAAGGAAGACAAAACAAAUAUUUGCCUUUCUUGUAACCUGGCAGUUAAUCCUUUUUUAAAGUGUAGCAACUGACCUUAAACAGACAGUCAUAUUAUUUACAUGUGAAAUAGUACAUACAAACAAAUGAAUGAGGGGGCAAGCAUGUGGUUAUGUAACGGGGGCAAAAGGUCCACCAUGAAAAUGUGUUUGGGGGUGGGGCAGUCUGUCUGUUUGUGCGUAUUGUGUGUGUGCUUGUGACAUCCCUCUACAGGUGUCCCUAAUUGCUGGCUGAUUGGGAACCCUCGGGAUUGGUUGGGCAGCGCAUAAACACCACUGUGUCCUCCCAACGGGAGAGCUUUUGGAGAGCCGCUUCGGACGACGAAAAGAUUCCGGGGCCCGCGCCGGACGACGAAAAACUAGUCAUUGACGACGAGUGAGAUCCCUGGUUGGUGGCAGGCGCCCGUGAAGGACUCUAGUACGAACCCCCACGUAGUGGGACACAGCAACCGUUCGAGCAACGAUCGAGCAGAAGGACAAAUACAACGCACUCAAAGAAACAACGUCAAGGAAACGCUAGAGAACACUGGUAUCGUGAGCACCGCCAAGAGACAUACAACGCCCUCUAUUUCUGCAGCAAAGUUCUGUGGGAAACGUACCCACGCCACCGCUGUGAAAGGACAGUUUUGGUGGAACUGCGGUGCGCUUGCGGCUGCGUUACACUGGAGCCCUGAGUCAUCAGCUGGGUCGUGAGUGGUGUCUGGACUGGUGGCAUAGCUGGACGAAUCCUCUCAUAAGUGCUCUACUUUUAUAUUAAUUUAUAUUUUAUGCUAUUGCUGUGAGGGACUGGGGGUUAUGAGCCUAUCGCCGUUUUGCGGCAUACAUUUAUGGUGCACGAUUAUGUUUUGCAGUGUUGUGGGUAUUGCUGUGGGUUUUGCUGUGAACUUGCUGUGAAUUGCUGUGGAUUUGCUAACAUUAGCUUUUGGCACCAGGUGCGGAGCUGCGAUUUGCUCCUGACUAGGUCUUCUGUUGUUUUAGAACUGUAUAUUAAUAAAG